CAGUUAUUUUAAGCUACAACUCAAAAUGUAUGAGGAAUCUAGAAGAAAAUUCAGAUUAAAAUAAGUAGUGAACUCGUGCGUCUCUUUCCAGUUCUCUCAGUGAUCAACACCUUAUCAGGCAUACCGGCAAUGCAAAAGGAAUCUCGUACCCCGUUAUCUCCUACAUGUUAAGUUUUCUUCUUUAUGUGGACGUGCAUUAUCACCAUCAGUAAAGUGGCGAAAUUGGGAAUAAUGGCGUGCUCAUUUUAAUCUGGUAUUCACAGUGAAUUUGCAUACAAUUGAAAUGCAAUGUCCUAAAGCUCCCCCACCCAAAUCGAAGCAAUAGUUAUAUUUAAAAAAAAAAGAAGAAACUGGUGAUUAUUUUGCAAACAACUAAUGGUAAGACCAUUGGCAACCGUCCAACCAAUUCCAGUACCUAAAUUAAGACAAGUAUCUUGCACGAGUUUUACAAACCAGAAAACACAUUUCAUGUAAUUGAUUUAAAACUUCGUUUCCCCAUUAACGCGAUGGCUUUAGUUUCCAUUAGUUCGUGAGUGGUGGGAUGCCCAUUACAAGCCGAUUAAAAUAAUCAGCACGUCGGUCAACGACCAGCAAGUUGAAUUUGGAAAGACGACCGAAGCGAAUUGCCACUGCUGGACCACAUUAAAAACAGAAACAUCGACCCACGUGGAAUACCCUGUUGCAUGCUGAUACAUCCAUUCCUUUUUUUUUGUUUACUGCAAUAAUGUGGUUACCAAAAUUGGUAUGAAGCAAAUUCUUAUGUACAGAAUGCAAAAUGAGUUUAACGAGUCCGCAUGUGAUGAACUGGUAUCUCGUGCGGGAUUCAAGUUUUUGUAUUAGCAAAACUAACCGCUGUGGUGACGAAGCGUUCAUCAUCCCAACCUAUUUCACCAUUUUGAGUCGAUCGAUAAAUGAAUGCUGUUCAAUUUGCAUAGCACACAUAUUCUAGUAUGUCUCAUGUCUCCGGUCAAACACAUCGUCAAUAGAAGACGCCCUAAAACCAGAAUCACCUGACAAGGAAGCUGUCACCGUGAAAAUUUGAAAUAUUUCCAAUUAUUUUACGAUUACAGCCCAAUUUCUACCCAUACAUAAAUAGAUCGUCACCAGAUUACAAGAACCGGAAUGCUUUUGUUUUGUUGCAGGACUGGUUGACACUACAUAAAAGCAUGGUGCUUUGGCUGGUUUGCUGUCCUCUGCCUGGGCUAGUCUCAAUCUACAUGACGGGCCACUAUUUCCUGCAGAGACAUCUUUCACCUUUGAAGUAGCCACUAUAACAGUUCCGGAGAAAUUGACUUGCUACAUUACAUCCGGCGUAGUGUCGCAAUGUCGAAGAAAGCGCGGCAUGGAUGAGAAACCCGAAGUCAUAGAGUCGCACGACAAUCCAGAGAUUGCACCAUCAGCUGUUGUCAAAAUUCAACCUACUGCUAUGCCUCGUUCUUUGCAUCGCUAUUAUCCGGAGAGAGUGUCCAGCUCUUUCGAUGAUACGUUCGUCAAAUCUCAGAACAUUUUCCGACAAAUUGCUGCCAAGGGCUAUAGCAACAAAAUCAUAGUCGGUGAUUGCGGUAAAUCCACCGUCAACCUUAGCGAGUUCCUGUCCUGUCUUGGCAUGACAAUUCAAGAGACUACAACAUUGACGGCCACUUUUACGGAAACCGUAACCAAGUCCUCCGUUUACACCAGAAUGACCAUCGCUGGUUGUUUACCGACACGUUUCCCCUAUGUUUCUUGUGGUGCAACACCUAGUUUCACCACUACUUCCUCUUUGCCUUUCCUUACUGAUUUUCCUGGUAUUACUAGCACUAGCACAAACACCCCUUCACCCGGGGAGACGACUACAAUCUUGGAGACAACUACAACCGCGGCGACAACUACAACAGCUGAGACAACUACAACAGCUGAGACAACUACAACAGCUGAGACAACUACAACAGCUGAGACAACUACAACAGCUGAGACAACUACAACAGCUGAGACAACUACAACAGCUGAGACAACUACAACAGCUGAGACAACUACAACAGCUGAGACAAUUACAACAGCGGAAACAACUACAACAGAUGACCCAUUCACUUCUUCCACUGACUCGACCACCAUGGUAACUCCACCUUAAUUCUUCGUGAUGAAGCUUGAAAAUCACGACAUAGGAUUUCUCGGAUCACCAAUUGAAACUGAAAAACUCGGCCUCGAACAUUAUUGCCUGUCAUAAGUGAUUUCGAUAAAAUUUUUAACUUAAUUUAUCGAUUCUUUCCUCAAUAAUUUAAGCUGUGCUUGUUAUUUCCAUUUUUCUCUAUCUGUAUACUACAUUAAUAUUAA